UUGCUGUAAAAAAGUGUGCGUUCGUAUUUUUCGUCGCUGUGACUGUUACCGUUUUGAAAUUAUUACAUUAAUUAAUUAAUUUUUUUUUUUUGAUUUAAUUGAUGUGUUAUCACCUGCAUUAACGGUAGAUUGAGUUAAGUGUUGUGCAUAUUUUGAAUAUCUUUAAUUUGAUUUGAUGUUAGUGAUUUUCGGUUUAAUAGACAUUUUACUUAAAUGCGUCGAUAUUUUUGUAAAAGUUACGUUUUUGUGUUUUGUGUUACAUUCAUUUUGGCACCCCAUGUACAACAUGAGUCCCCAGUGGUUGCUGCGAUCGUGCAUCAUAAAUUGAAAGUUAUGACGAACACAUUCCGAUUUCUACAAGAGACCAUGUUGCGUACCAGCUUGGAGCGGGCGCAACUUAAUUAUGGCAUCAUUUUUGAAUGCCGCACAAAUUCAGAUAUGACUGUAGGCAGCGAAGUGCAUUUUAGUCUGCAAUUGGGUGACAUGAGUGGCUUUAGACGAAUAAAUCCCAGAAGAAAAUUGGCACUUUUUCUGCAUGGCUGGAAUGAUGAAGGCAGCAAAGCCUGGGUACAAGAAAUGUUAAAAACUUGGACACAUUUUGACCCAGAUUACACUGUUUGUGUGGUGGAUUGGGGACAUUUAUCACAAAUGGACUACAAAACCGCUUCCAUGUCAAUAUUUGAUGUGGGCAUAACAGUAGCUGGCAUCAUAAUAGCUAUGGAGGAAUUACGUCCAGCUUUGUUUACACGCAAAAAUGUAACAUUGGCUGGUUAUAGUUUAGGUGCACAUGCAGCUGGUCAUGCCGGAGCUGUGUUGAAUGGAGAAGUGGAACAGAUAAUCGGUUUGGAUCCAGCGGGACCAUUAUUCACUUUACCAUCUGUAGUAUCAGAAAAAUAUCGUUUAGAUGCAAACGAUGCACAAUUUGUACAAGUGUUGCACACUUCAGGCGGUACUCUCGGUACAAAGGUUAAAUCUGGACAUGCAGAUUUCUAUCCAAAUGGUGGUACGGUACCACAAACAAAUUGCAGAAUGUUUAUGAAUCUCAACGAUAUGCAAAAUACAAAUCCAAUUUCCUGUAGUCACUCUUCAGCAGCAGUGUUCUUCAAGCAAUCAAUGGAUCCAGCAUAUCCAUUUAUUGGUCAUCAUUGCAAGAGCUUUCAAGAUUUUUCUAUUGGCUUGUGUGCACAGAAUCGAAGAGGCCGCUUUGGCAUACAUUCGCAACGACAAAGUCAUGGUAAUUUCUACUUCAACACCGAAGCCAACAAGCCAUACGUUAGACGACGUCGACCUGAAGUGUUGCACUUGCAACGUUUGCCGGCACCGCUGCGUUGGAAUCGCAUUUUAUAGUAUUUGUGGUCUGUGCUCUUGCUGAGCCAUUAGUCA